GAUAAAAUCGUUCGACUGCCACUGACUAGGAUAAAGACGAUCAUAAAGACAGAUUCUGAUGUCAACUUGGUCAGCCAUGAUGCUGUCCUGUUAAUUACCAAAGCAACUGAGCUUUUCAUAGAAAGUCUGGCUGAACAGGCAUAUGAAAACACAGCUCAAGCCAAAAGAAAAACAGUGUAUAAAAGAGACAUAGACUUGGCCAUCGAAAAUAUCGAAUCUCUGGCUUUUUUAGAAGGAGUAUUUGAU